AUGAGGAGUCGAGGAGUCAUAGCCGCAUUAAAGGGCGACCGCGAGGUUUACACCUGCAGAGAAGAGGCUGUCACUUUCCUCAAAAGCAAGCCCCGGGGGCCACGUGGAAAUGGUUUCACCUCGACGUUCCGGGGGCGCUGGUUACGCGUUCAGCCUCCGCAGUUCCCAAAACCAGGCAAAGAAAGUGGCCAGACUUUUAUGAUAUUGCCAAGUGAGAGAAGCUUCCAGAAUGCUGCUAAAAGCAAUAAUUUGGAUCUUACGGAGAAGCUGUUUGAAAAGAAGAUGACUGAAAACACAAAUUAUGUUUCCUCAAACGAACAGCUCAGCCCUCAUUUUGCAGCGGGGGCAAAUCAUUUAUCUGCAGUGGAUUUCUUGCUUAACCGCAAGGCCGGGGUGGAUGUUGCUGAUAAGCAUGGCUUGACGAUAAUUCACCUUACAGCCUGGUUUGGGAGCCUUGAGAUCAUGCUUAUGCUGAUUAGAGCUGGAGCAGACCAGAGAGCCAAGAAUCAGGAUAGAAUGAAUGCCCUCCACUUUGCAGCUCAGAGCAAUAAUGUACGCAUUGUGGAGUACCUCAUUCAAGAUCUGCACCUGACGCACCUGGACCAGCCUGAUGAGAAAGGAAGAAAACCAUUUCUUUUGGCGGCCGAGAGGGGCCAUGUUGAAAUGAUAGAAGAACUUACCUUCCUUAAGCUGCAUACUUCAGAAAAGGACAAGGGGAACGCAGCCCUGUACCUCGCAGUGAAGCAUGGUCACAGCUCUGUGAUACGGGUGCUGCUAACCCAGUCUGAAGAAAUGAAUGAGACCAAUGAUCUCAGUAUCAGUGUUUUGCAGAUAGCAACCCAGAAUGGCCAUGCGUCCCUUGUCAGCUUUCUGCUCAGUGAGAACAUUGAUCGGCACCAGAAUGUGGACCCUAAGGAGUCAGCUCUUCAUUUAGCUGUUAUCAACAACCACAUCACCAUGGUAAACAGCUUAUUAAGUGCAUAGCAUGAUACUGACAUCUUAAAUCAGAGGCAGCAAACUCCUUUGCACAUAGCUGCUGAUCUUGGAAAUGUGGUACUGGUGGAAACACUGCUGAAGGCCGACUGUGAUCUGAAGGUUGUUGAUAAGCAAGGGAAGACCACCUUGGCCUUGGCCUCCAGGAGCAACCACAGCCUUGUUGUGGAUAUGCUCAUAAAAGCAGAGAGAUGCUAUGCCUGGAGAGAGAAGCACGGUGAGAGCAUCAGGGACCCAUCAACCAACUUUCCUCUUACAUUCAAGCAAGAUCACAGCCGGGACACCAGGCAUAUCCACAGUCUCCUCUGGAACCUGGCUUAUCAUCAGCUGAAGGCCAACGAGUGGCAGAAGCUGGCCCGUUCAUGGAACUUUACAGAUGACCAGAUCAGGGCCAUUGAGGAGCAGUGGUCAGGAAGGGACAACUCCCGUGAACAUGGCUACAGGGAUCUGCUCAUCUGGCCGCAUGGGACCCUGAUGAUGCAGGACACACCGGUCAAGCACCUGUACGAAGGGUUGGUUUGCGCAGGGUUCCCGGACUAGCUGGUGAAAAAGAUCCAGCAAUUCAAAAGUGAAACUGACUCAAAGCCCAAGAAAUGUGAAGUUUCAUAAAUGCCUAGACAAACUGUAUUUAAAUGAUUUUCCACUUAGCCUCCAGUCCUUUUAAGUUCAGUUUUUUAAUGCCAUAAAAUUCCUCUAGCAGAUUGAUUUUCUUUUCAACUGUGAUGAUGGUAAUAGAAUCCUCC